AUGAUCCCUAGAAAAUAUGCUCAUUCGGUUUCUUUCAACGCGGCUGACACACAAAAAACUUUUUUACCGAUGAAGCUCCUGGCGACUGUCAUAGCAGUUGCUGCAGCGAGAAAAAACUCAUGCAGCAACACGCCACCAGUAGGCACUAUCAUCCUCGGACAUGACGAGAACUACAACUACGCUGUCACCGCCGAAGACGUCGCCAACUGGUCUGCCUGUGGUCCCAAUGCCGACUGCACAAAGAUCCGAGGCUGGAACUUCGAGUGUGUCUGUAAGGAAGGUUUCAUCGAUUACGCACCAGAAGACUACCGAAAGGGCUCAUGCUUUGAUUCCUGUUUCACCGCCGUAAUCCCAGACCACUCCACAUGCGAUGUCGACGCCGACGGCAACGCUUUCUGGACCUGCGAUGACGGUUACUACCAGUCCUCCGUAGAAAUCGAAGGAUCCGGUUCCGGAGACGCCGAAUUCGAAGACGUUUGCUUCUUUGACUCUUGCGCUACUGACCCAUGUGCUGAUAACGCCGAUUGCACCGCCGAUGGUGACUCCCACGUCUGCUCCUGCUCCGCUGGAUUCUUCGACUUCAACGGUGAUGCUUCUCUUUGCGUCCCAGACAACUGUGCCGCUGGUACUGGUGGUUGUGAUGCCGACGCUACCUGCUCCGUCGAUCUUCCCGAUGAGGACGGUAACGGUCAGAACUCCUGCACUUGCAAUGCCGGCUUCUAUGGCGAUGGAGAGGAAUGCUUCGUCGACUCUUGCGCUCUGAGCCCAUGCCAAGAUGACGCCACCUGCGCUAACGUCGGUGACGACUUCACCUGUACUUGCAACGAAGGCUUCUACCUCGGAUACGCUCCAUAUGAAGGUUCAGGUGAAGGUUCCACCUGGGACGACCCAGCGGCCUGCCACGUCGAUGUCUGCGAUUCUGCCAACCCAUGUGAUGCUGACGCCGCUUGCACCAACAACGCUGAUGGUUCUACCAGCUGCGCUUGCAACGCCGGCUUCUACGGUGACGGAUACGAAUGCUUCGUCGACUCCUGUGCCCUUAGCCCGUGCCAGGAUAAUUCUGCUUGCGAAAACAUCGGUGAUGAUUACACCUGCACAUGCAACUUCGGAUAUUACCUCGGUUUUGCACCCUACGAGGGAUCUGGAGAGGGCUCAACCUGGGAAAAUCCUGAUGCAUGCCAUGUUGAUGUCUGUGCCUCCGCAAAUCCAUGCGAUGUCGAUGCUGCUUGCUUCAACAAUCCGGACGGCUCUCAAUCCUGCGCCUGCAACGACGGUUUCUACGGUGAUGGAUACGAGUGUUUUGUUGAUUCAUGCGCCCUCAGCCCUUGCCAAGAUGACGCAACGUGCGCCAACGUUGGUGAUGAGUAUACGUGUACAUGCAAUGACGGCUUCUACCUCGGUUACGCUCCAUAUGAAGGAUCCGGCGAAGGUUCUACCUGGGACGAUCCAGCUGCUUGUCACAUCGACGUCUGUGCCUCCGCGAACCCAUGUGACGCUGAUGCUGCUUGCUCCAAUAAUGACGAUGGUUCACAAAGCUGUUCUUGUAACGAUGGAUUCUACGGGGAUGGCUAUGAGUGCUUCGUCGAUUCUUGCGCUCUAAGCCCAUGCCAGGCUGACUCAACCUGUGCCAAUACUGGUGAUAGCUACACGUGCACAUGUAACGAAGGUUUCUACCUCGGUGAAGAUAGCGAAGGUGAUGAUGCCUGUCAUGUUGAUGUUUGCGACUCUGCUAACCCAUGCGAUGUCGACGCCACUUGCUCGAACGAGAUUGACGGAUCCCAAAGCUGUGUUUGCAACGAUGGAUUCUACGGCGACGGUGAUGAAUGUUUCUUCGACUCUUGCGCAACCAGCCCUUGCCAAGUCGAUUCAACUUGCACCAACGAAGGCGACUCGUUUUCAUGCACCUGUAAUGCUGGUUUCUACGAAGGCACCACAACUGUUGAGGGGUCAACUGGCGAUCUAAGAGACGAAGUUGCUUGCCACGUCGAUGUCUGCGCUUCUGAAAGCAAUCCAUGCGAUUCCAACGCUUCUUGCGACAAUAAUGCCGAUGGCUCCCAGACUUGCACUUGCAACUUUGACUUCAAGGGCGACGGAGUCACCUGUACUGACAUUGGUCUUCUUAAUCAAGCUGAAAUUCAAGAUCGACUUGCCGCUUUUGACUCGGAUGCCGCUGGUAUCGACAAUUCCAAGGUUGCCAAGAAGUUCAACAAGGCCCUUAAGAAGUACCCAAUGAAACAUGUCGACAACUACGUAUCUGAGUGCAUGAACAAGCGCGAAGCCAAUGCUAUCAUUGAAGCUGCUGAAGCUGAUGAUAUUUCUGGACAAGAAGAAGAGCUUCUCGGCUGGGACAUCAGCGAUGCCUGCUCUUAUGCCAAGGAUCUUGCUACCGCCAACAACCGAUUCCUGAAGCGAUGGGCCUGCGUCGAACAGUGGGGCUUUAACGUUGGUGCCAAGGACCUCAAAAAGGAAAACAAAAACCUCCGAAAGAAAAUGAAAAAGUCAGAAAAACAGCUCAAGCAGUUCACAAGCAAAGUCAACGCUGCCCUUGGCUGCUAG